CUAAUUAUAUAUUUUUUGCGGAUACUAAUAUUAAUAUAUUUGAUAAGAGUAAUACAGUAACUAAAUACAUAGAUAUGAUUAAAACUUCAGGAUAUUAUUUUUUGAACAAAACUAUUAGUACAAGAACAACGGCACGAUAAAGUACUUUGAUAGAUCAUAUCAUUUCCAAUAUUAAUAAUAAAUAUAGUAUUACUAUUAAGAUUGAAAAUAAUAGUUUAUCAGAUUUUCAGUUAGCGUUAACUUCGAUUAAAUUAGAAAAUAUAGAAAAAAAAACCCUUCCGAAAUUCCGUUAUUCAAAGAACAGAUCACAACAAGAUGUACUAUGGUCCAAAAUAAUAUUUAUAAUACAAAUUUAGUAGACUUCGACACACUAAGUAAUAUAAUUAAACACGUCAAGGAUGUUUGUACUUACUCAACUACAAUCAGAACCAGGAAUAAUGGAUGGGUAACUCCUAUUAUAAACGAAGAAUUAAAAGCCAUAAAAAAAAAUGGAUGAUAAGCAUAAAAAAGACCCUCAAAACAAUUAAAAAAAAUGAGAUUCAGAGAAUUUAAAAAUGAUGUCACAAAAUUAAUAAAAGAAGCAAAAAAAACUAUAUCUCUAAAAAUAUUGAAAAUGCUGGUAGUGAUUCAAGAAAAUUGUGAAAAAAUUUAAAUAGUACGAGUACAAUCUGUAACACCAACACUGAUAAAAUCAAACAUACCUUGAAUGUUAUUAAUAAAAAAGGCGAAAAAACAAAAAAUAAAAUUGACACAGCGAAUGUUUUGAAUGAGUUUUUCAAUGAAAUAGGAGAAUCAACAGUUAAAAAUAUUAAAAAUAAAACUUUAAGUUACAAUCAAUAUUCCCCGCAAUACAAUAAUAAAACGUUAUUUCUUAAUACAGUUACGGAAUAUGAAAUACAAAAUAUAAUUUUAAAUCUUAAUAAAAAUGCGACCUCAAGAUUAGUUAAAAUUACAGUUAAAGAUUUACAAAUUUUAAUUGAUAUAAUAAAACAGCCGUUGGCGAAUAUCAUUAAUAGUGCACUUACAAACGGAGUGUUCCCGGAUUUAUUGUCCCAAUACAUAAGGCAGGUUCGAAAACUGAUUGUGGAAAUUAAUUAUAUAAUAAUUAAUUUGAAUAAAUGAUCUUAAUAAUAAUUAAGAUCAUUUAUUCUUUACUGAUAGCAACUUGAAUUUAUUUGAAAAUAAUAACAUAUUAGUGAAAUAUAAAGAUAUGAUAGCUACUGUAGAAUAUUACAGAGUAAACCAAAUUGAGAGUUCAAGAGUAACAUAACAAACAAAGAACUUAAUUGAUCAUAUAAUUUGCAAAUAUUAAUAAUAAUUUCAAUAUUAGUUUCAAAAUAGAAGAUAAUAAUUUAUCAGAUCAUCAGUUAGCUAUAGUUGCUAUAAAAACUGAGAUUCUAAAAAGUUGUCUAUGAAAACGCGGUAAUACAUAGAUCGGCUACGUCAUAUUAAAAAACAGACAAUUGAUGAAACAGCAGUAAUGGAAAUUAAUGUUUCAAUAAAAAUUGUUCAAAAAGCAAAAGAAAUGUAUACAAAAACUAUUCGUUUUUGAGCUAGAAAUACCGAUUAGAUAACACUGCUCUUACUGUAAAAAUUGAAAUAUAGAAAAUCAUUGUAUGAUGAGCAUAAAAAAGAACCGAACAACUAUGAAAAAAAAUAAGAUAUGUUGAAGUUAAAAAGAAGAUAGAAAAGUUAAUAAAGGAAGCUCAAAAUAAAUAUAUAAAGUUACACCUGCUAUAUAUUUUGCACAUGCCGAAAAACAAGUUUAUAUCAAACUGUAAAAUUUCUGCGGAUAAUACAAAUUUGAUUGCAAAAGCCAAAUCAUUAGCAGAAUUAGAAGAUAUAUUAAAUAAAAAUUUGAAAACCUUAAUACUUAGCUACUGGCUGAAUUACAACGAAUUGUGUAUCAAUGCUAACAAAACUAAUUAUAUAAUAUUCUAACUCAUAAAAAGAGUUUAAUGAUAUCAAAAAAAGGCCUGGACUGGUAUCUUCGUAAAUAAAUCAAUUACGACCAACAAACGCAAGCUUUUAUUUAUACGGAUGAUAUUAAAACUACAGUAAUUUGAAGUCGGAGUUAAAAUAACAAAAAGUUUACUAACCUACAUACCAUAAAAUUAUCAAAAUUCCGAUAUAAAAAAUAAAAACAAUUUUUUUUUUUAACCGGAAUUAAAUCACAAAUCAUGAUGUCAAAAUUAAAAAAUCCACACGUACAAUACAAAACAAAGGCAGAAUGUUGAGCAUUUUAUUAUUUUUGUAUUAAAUAAAAAUUGAAUCUUGAAAUAGAAAAUAAAAAAAAAAUAAAAAAAAAUUUUGUAAAACUUUUUAAAUUUUUUUAGAAAAAAUGGUUGCUCGAAAAUUUUGGAAAAUCUUAAAAUUUAAUAUUGAAACGAAUGAAAACUUAAGAUUAUUAGAGUUUUUAGGGCGGUUAUCAAUUAAAAAAGUGAAAAUAUAACAAAAGUAAUAAGUAAGAAAUUUUUUGAAAAAUUAAAAUCAACAACAAUUUUCAAUCCAAAAAAAAAAAUAAAAAAAAAAAAUAUUUUUUUUUUUCAUUUCGUAUUUUUGUUUCCGGUUUUUUUUUUCUUUCUCUUGUUAAUUUUUAACAGAAAAAAUCAAUAAAAAAAUUAUAAAAAGGCCUAAAAAAGUUCAAAACAAAAAUUUUAUUUUAAUUUUAUAUUAAAUAAAGGAAAGCAUAAUAAAAAAACAAUAUUGUAGAAAAAAGUGAGAAAAUUUAGAAAAAAAAAAAUAAAUUUUAAAUUUUCACCUUUUUACACUGAAAACAUUUAAAACUGUAAAAACAAUAGAAAAUUAUUUAUUUAAAAUUUUUUUUUUGGGAGAAAAACUAAAUAUUUUAUGAAUUUUAUUUUUCUUACAAUACAAACAAAAGGGGCACACAAACCGCCAAUAACCGAAUAAUAACGAACACCCCGAAAAUAACCGAACACAAUAAUUUUACCACGAUUCCACAAAAAAAUUAAACUCUUAAAUUUUUCUAAUUUUUUUUUUUCGUUUGUGAAUUAUUUCAACUAUUUUAUUAUCCCAACGAUAAUAAGGUACCAAAAUAAGCAUUAAAUACAAAAAAAAAUAAUAAAACAAAAAAAAAAAUAAAAAAAAAAAUUAAAAAAAAUGGGUUGCGAAUUAAGUAAAUUAGCUGGUAAUCCAAAAUCAGAUGGUGGAAAUGUAUUGGGUCCAAGUGAACCACCGCCACCAGCAGCACCAGAUCCUAGACUACCAUUAACAGCUAGACAAAAAUAUACAAUGAUGGCAUCAUGGAAAGGUAUAAGUCGUGCAACUCAAACAACUGGUGUUCAUAUGUUUAUUGAAUUAUUUGAAGAACAUGCUGAUCUUCUUGGUAUGUUUUCAAAAUUUAAAGAAUUAAAAACAAAAGAGCAACAAGCAACUUCUGAAGAAUUAGCCGAACAUGCAAAUAAAGUAAUGGAAACAUUAGAUGAGGGUAUUCGAGGUUUAGAUGAUUUAGAUACAUUUUUUGAAUAUUUACAUCAAAUUGGUGCUUCCCAUCGUAAAAUUCAAGGAUUUAAAAGAGAAUAUUUUUGGAGAAUUGAAAGACCAUUUUUAUCAGCUGUUGAAAAUACAUUGGGUGAUCGUUAUACAGCAAAUGUUGAAGGAAUUUAUAAAUUAACAAUAAAAUUUAUAAUUGAAACAUUAAUAGCUGGUUAUGAUAAUAGUGCAUCAUCAAAUCAAAUAAAUAGUGCCAAUAAUCAUCAAAAUCCAUCAUCAGCAUCUGGAACAAAUAAUAAUAAUGGUAAUAUGACUGAACAACAACAAAAACAAUAACCUUAAUAAUCAACAAGAAAUGUCAAUUCAUAAUCAUUUAUUUUAUUCAAAAAACAAAAAAUCAUAAUAAAUUCAUACAUAUUUACAUACAUACAUACAUAUAUGUAUUACAUAAAAUAAUAUUUAUUAUAAACUUAAUAAAAUAAGAAAGAAAAAAAAAACAAAUAAAAAACAAAAACUCUUUUUUUUUGGAAAGCAUUAUUAAAAAUUUUCAUCACCAUCUCGUAAAAUACAAACAAACAUACCCGCCCUAUACCAUAUUUUUACAAUUAAACAAUUUUAAGAUAAAAAAAAAUAUUUAAUUAUAAAUAAAAUGGAGAAAUGAAAAAUAAAAAAAAUAAUUGUGAAAAAUAACAAAAAUAAUCAAUUACAAGAAAUAACAAAAAAAAAACUUAUAAAAUAAUUUUUGUAAAAAAAAAAUUAGUAGUACAAAAUGGCAACCAUUUUAUGCGUUUAUCACAAAAUCUUUAAUGACACAAAAUGGUAGAAUUAUUUUGUAUAAAAUUUAAAAAAUCGCUGAUAUUUUUGAUCAUUUUUAUCUUUUAUUUGUAAUAUUUAAAAUAAAAAAAAAAUAAUUA